AAUAUAUUGUCACUUCAAUGCUAAUGUACACUGUCGUAAACUAAACUAAUAUAAACUAAAUAUACAAACUAAUCUAUACUGUAGUAAACUAAACUAAUAUAAACUAAAUAUACAAACUAAUCUACACUGUUGUAAACUAAACUAAUAUAAACUAAAUAUACAAACUAAUCUAUACUGUAGUAAACUAAACUAAUAUAAACUAAAUAUACAAACUAAUCUUCACUGUGAUAAACAAACAUGGUUCUCAGAAAAUAAGUCUGUGGUCACAUGGUGAUGGUUGGUGUCGUACUAUUGGUUAGACAGUUUCCCCUUUAAUGAGGUUGACUGUUAAAACUGUCUCUGACAUUAGACUGAGUCACACAGAGGCUCCAGCUGUGCAGCGAACAGACACAAACCUACAACUGAGAUAACAGCAGACUUUACAACAGUAGAAGAUACAACAGUAGAAGAUACAACAGUAGAAGUUACAACAGUAGAAGAUACAACAGUAGAAGAUACAACAGUAGAAGUUACUGCAUUUCAACACACGUGUGUAAAGAUGUCAGAGGAAAUCUAUGAAAACUGCGAUGGAUUUCGUGGCAAAAAAAUUAAUAAAAUAGAGACCAUUGACAUUGAUGAUCAUAUUUACAACAACGAAAGACCCAUCAUGCCCUACAAGAAGGAUGGAGUUGGUGAUCAACAUUCAGUGUCUUGUCAGUGGUGGAAGAGAUACUCUGGAGCUGCUGCAGGGUGUCUGGGGCUGCUGUGCGUUCUCCUACUGGCUGGGAUCAUAGGCCUGUUUCUCUACCAGAAAAACCAAUUGACCAGUUCCAACACCCUGACUGAAGAGAGAGACCAGUUACAGACCUGCGGAAACAACCUUACUGAAGAGAGAGACCAGCUACAGACUAGCAACAACACCCCGAACGAAGAGAGAGACCAGCUACAGACUAGCGACAACACGCUGACCAAAGAGAGAAACCAGUUACAGACCAGAUACAACACCCUGACCAAAGAGAGAGACCAGCUACAGACCAGAUACAACACCCUGACCAAAGAGAGAGACCAGCUACAGACUAGAUACAACACCCUGACCAAAGAGAGAGACCAGCUACAGAAAGAGACAGAACGUCUGAAACAAUCUUUAGUUGAGAAAGUGUGUCCGGACGGAUGGAAGAAGAUUGGUAGCAGUUGUUAUUACGUCUCUACUGAGUACAAAUCCUGGGAGGGUAGCAGACAGGACUGCAGAAAUAGAGGAGCACACCUGGUGGUCAUCAACAGCCAAGAGAAACAGACAUUAGUCAAUCGGUUAUGUGGAGUAAAGAACUAUGUCUGGAUUGGUCUGACUGACUCUGUUUCUGAGGGGACCUGGAAAUGGGUGGACGGCACACCACUGACCACAAAGUAUUGGAACAGUGGAGAGCCUAAUGGUGGAAGAGCAGAGAACUGUGUCUAUUUCUACUCCAGGUCAUCAGACACAGGAGAAUGGUGGGACUAUUACUGUUACUAUAAAUACAGAUGGAUCUGUGAGAAAUAGGAUUCAUCCUCGGUACUCUCUGAACUGCUAAAUAAGAUUAUGCUAAGUACUAUAUAUCGUAAUAUAUUUUCUGCUCAUUCAACUUACCUUGUAAAGUACAUACAAUAUAUAACAAUACAAAUGUACAACACAUUAUAAUAAAAAUAACAGAACAUAUGCAACAACAAUACAAUGAAUUGAUAACAGAAAGACUGUUCUCUCUAUUGUUGAGGAAAUUCACCACUAUGUACAAAAAAUCCAAGGAAAUGAAUCAUUAUGAAUCUUUAUUAUCACAGUCAUGGAGUUUAUGGAUGUUAAUUUUUAUUAUUAUUACUUUUUAUUUGAGUUUACUUGGUAAAUAUUUUCCUUAUCU